UCGUCUCCUCUACCUUCUUCUCCUUCCCCUUCUGCUGCACCAGUAGCCAGCAGCAGUUGCAGCAGCACGGCUCUGCUCUCCUCUUCCCUUCAUUCCUUCCUUCCUUGCAUUCUUUCUUUCCUCUUGCGGAUGCGUCUCGUUCAGGCAAGCGGACCGUGGUUCGAUGUCGCACCGAGAACGAUUUAAUUUCCCAUAAAGUCGAAUCUCGGAUUAGUGGGCGGGGACGACGACGACGGUGGUGGUGUUGGUGCCGGUGGGGCUGGACUGGACUGGACUGGGCGAUGUCUGCGGCGAUUUAAUUUGGAUGAGAUGAACUUGUUUGCUGGGUCGACGAAGGCGGGGAGGGAAGGGGGCCGAGAGAGAAGUGGAGAACUUUUACGGUUAUUGGGGUGUGAAUUGGGAUGGAUAGUUGUGGAUCGAGAGUGAGUAGUGCAACUGGCAAUUUGUGGAGCGGUGGGCUGGUUUCUCGUUGGCAGGUGUCGAGCAUUUCAAGAAGUUGAUUAUUAGCUGCGGAGGAGCUUGCCGAUUCGAAAUCAGGAAUCUUCUGGGGAACGGCUGGGAGUCGAUGCGUGGGCGGCGAAUUUGUCGUCAGCUGACUGCAGGAGACGUGCGUUUGGAUGCUCAGGGUUGUGUAGGAAAGACGUUUCUUCCUGCGAAGGAUUGGAAUGAUAUCCUGGUCUUGUGAAGGAGGAAUUUUGACGAGAAUCAGCAUGGAGAUGCCGAGGACAGGAGACAGACAUCGGUCGGGAAGCUCAUUGCGCGUUCAUCAGUUAUUGGAAUUGGCAUUGAAUAGCUCGUAGAGUUCUCAUCGAUCGUAUGACCUUGUAGAUCAAAUCCUGUUCGAGCAAGGUUUGGUUUCCAGGCGAGGUUUGGGUUUCUACAAAGUCUGAGGCGGAUUGUGGAUCAAGAGAGGUCGGUGUCGGAGGGGAGGUCUGGAAGUCAGGAAGCAUGGAGUCCAGCAGUGAAGAAGCGGCUCUGGACCUGUUCAGAGUAGGGCCGACGACGAUGGUGGGUCGAGCCCUGGCUGUGCAAGUUCUGUUCUGCAAAUCGACGAAGGAGUUCAUGCUCUUUAUUCUGGCCAAGGUAGUGCGAGAGUGGAGGAGGGUGAGAACGUGGGUGGGCAUUGUGUUGAAAAGACUGAUGCGGGUGGUGAACCCGAGGAAUCCCAGUGUGGUGCUCGCCGUGGUGGUGGGCGCGAUGAUAUUUUUGCGGCGGUCGAAAGCGGUGUCCAACAAGGCAGAGCAAACGUACAGGAGGAAGUUCUGGUCGAAUCUGAUGAAAUCUGCCCUCACUUAUGAUGAAUGGGCGCAUGCUGCGACCAUGCUGGAGAAGGCCAGCGAUCGCAAAAGGGAUUCGGAUUUGUAUGAUGAGGAUCUCGUACGCGCGAAGUUCAACGAGCUUCGAGAACGGAGACUUGAAGGUGGGGUUGAGGACAUUCUCUUCUGCCUGCGUGCCGAUUUGGUGAGGAAUUUAGGCAACAUGUGCAAUCCUGAGCUCCACAAGGGCCGGUUGCAGUCCCCUAUCGUCAUCCGAGAAUAUAUUAACGAGGUCCGGUUUCACUUGCGCUCUGUUUGCGAGACUGAUUCCGAGGAAUUCUCGUUGGAAGAGAAGAUUGCCUUCAUACAUGAGACUCGACAUGCGUUCGGGCGCACGGCUCUGUUGUUGAGUGGAGGAGCAGCACUAGGAGCAUUCCAUCUGGGCGUUGUGAGGACUUUAAUUGAGCACCGGUUGCUGCCGAGAGUAGUGGCUGGCGCAAGCGUUGGGUCCAUUACCUGCUCCUUCACUGCUACGCGGACGUGGUCAGAAUUGCAGAGCUUUUUUGAUGAUCCCAUGCCACCCAUGCACUUUUUUGAAUCCAUGGGAAGCAUCAUGUCCACCGCGCACAGACUUUUCACCAAAGGUGCAGUGCAUGAAAUCGGGCAGCUCCAGCGCAAGAUGAGACAGCUGAUUGGGGACUUGACUUUCCAGGAGGCUUAUGAUUUAUCAGGUCGAGUUCUCGGGAUAUCAGUGUGCUCUCCUCGAAAACACGAACCACCUCGCUGCUUGAACUACUUGACAUCUCCACAUGUAGUUAUUUGGAGCGCCGUCACAGCAUCUUGCGCCUUUCCCGGCCUUUUUGAGGCUCAAGAGUUGAUGGCUAAGGAUCGCCAUGGCCGGCUGGUGCCAUAUCACAGCCCCACACUCGGGUCGGUGGGUCCUGAGGAACUCAACAACAUGAAGAGGCAGUGGCGCGAUGGUAGCCUGGAAAGUGAUUUGCCCAUGGUGCAGCUGAAGGAGCUCUUCAAUGUCAACCAUUUUGUUGUUAGUCAGGCCAAUCCGCAUAUCGCACCACUUCUGCGGAUGAAGGAACUCACUCGGGCUUGGGGAGGGGAUUUUGCCGCUAAGCUGGCCCAUAUUACUGAGAUGGAGGUUAAGCAUCGAUGCAGUCAGGUUUUACAAAUGGGUUUCAGGGCAGGAGGGCUUGCGAAGCUCUUUGCGCAGGAUUGGGAGGGUGACGUGACCAUCGUAAUGCCUGCAACGUUUGCACAGUUCGCCAAAAUUAUACAGAACCCCACACCAUCUGAGCUGCGGAAGGCAGUUAUGCAAGGACGCAGAUGUACUUGGGCAAAAUUAUCAGCCAUUCAGGCAAAUUGUGGUAUCGAGUUGAUGUUAGACGAAUGUGUUUCAGAGCUUAAUCGUCGUAGAAAAGCUCAGAAAGAUGCUCAACGUGCUCAACAUGCAUCAAACGCAGCAUUUAACCGGAGCACAACUAAAAGAAUUCCUUCCUGGAAUUGCUUAGCUCGCGAGAGUUCUUGGGGUUCCCUGGAUGAAGAUGGAAUGGAGGCUGCAAUGCAACCGGGAGGACCAUGGGGAGGCCCUUCCUUGCGCAAGUUGAGACCAAACCGCAAUAACCACGAUGGUAGUGACAGUGAUAGUGGAACAGAAAAUAUGGAGCUCAAUAAUCUAUCUUGGACAAGAACUGGUGGGCCAUUAAUGAGAACGGCUUCAGCUCUUAAAUUUAUUUCAGGACAUGAAGGUGACGGGAAUGUAUCGGAGCCUCAACGUCUUUACAAUCAGGACAGUGAAGAUGAUGCUGACGGCGGCUUUAGGUCUUCGGCGGCAGCAACUCCGACCAGCCCCCAGUUGAAUAGAACUCUUAGCUGGGAUCCUCGGAGUAGCAAGAAGGCGAAUAAAAUAUGGGCAAACAGGCACGGUACGGGUGACAGCAAAAGUGACGAAAAUGAGUUGUCAGCCGAAGAAGCAGACUUUUCAUUUCCCGUUGAUUCCCCGGGCUUGAUUAAAGCUCAAAGUGCUGUGGACAUUCGUAGCACUAACUAUACCGUUGGUGAUACAGAGCUUGAUCGGAGUUUUAGUUCAGGCCCAGCUUGUGAGUGCUCGGACAUGGACAAGGGUCUAGGUAUGGGCCUGAGUGGAGUUGACGGCUCUGGGCACAGGAAAGGUAGAAGAAGUUGGUCCGGUUUGGAGUUGGACCUGCUGAGUCCACGUACCGCCGAUGAUGUUCAAGAGUUGGCUAUAUCUGAAGCUAAUGCAAGGGAAGUAUCAAGGUCUGUUGCCUCAAAAGAAACCGAAAUUUUAGAAUCAGAAUCCAGAGCUCUACAGCGGGGAGCGUUUGGGUCAUUUGUUGUAAAACCUGACUCACCUCGAGAUGAACCCAGCUCCUAGACCUGGAAAAAGUCUCAAAUUCAUCAUCAAAAGUAUUUGCAGUAAACGGGUCGUCUAAUUAAGUACAUACAAGUCUGAUCGUUUGUACAGUGUUCUACAGUAGGACCUUGCCGCCUCAUAGCACAGAUUUUUAUACUUCAAUUUUCAUAGUAGUGAACAAGGUGGACAUUUAAUGAAGGCCUUCAAUUAGGUCAUAGCUAGGUGUACAGAUCCUUUCAUGUCCAACUUCAAGUGUAGCAGCAAACUGUACAUCAUUAGCAAUGAAGUGGACUAGAGAGUCGAUACUCUGUUUGCCAUUCAAGGAAGAUGAAACAAUCUCCCACGGCACUGAAGGCAUUUUUCUGUUAACCUCGAUACAAAACGGAACAGUUUUUAUUCUUCUUGCAAGGACUUUCAGUCUUGAAAAAGCUGGCGGCGCAAAAGCAGAUAAGUAUGUCUUGCCAAUUGCUGGCUUCUGAUUGUGAGGCAGAUUGUAUCUCCUUCAGUGGGAGAUAUUGUGAUUGCUCUUUUGUUAUAUCGUUCAACAUCCUCUAGCUGAUAUUCAUCUGUCUUCCAGAUCAUCUGUUCGGGAUGUUGCCAGUCCAUCCUACCCUAUCGACAAUGUAUCAUUGAAAGCUCGAAUUAUCUAGAAGACUUCUUUUCCUACUCUUUCCUAUCCAGUCCUUACUUUGUAUUUCAAUUGGUCACUUCUAUGAAUAGUAAUUCAAAUGA